CUCGAACUGUUUGAUCACGUAGUUUCUAACUACAAGUAAAUGCGUUGUAACCCUAGUUCUUUUACCACAUCGCUUCGUCUGUUCCCGCAUCUACCUUCUUAUCUGGCCAAAUCUCCACAGUUCGUACUUUGUCACGGCCUAUAUCGGCCCUCUGCCUGCCAGUGAUGGAGAUAGCAAUUCGAGCAGCGUCUCGUUGCUCUCGGCAGCCUUUCAUUUCCAGAUUUCUUCUAGGCAGUUCGAAACGAAGUGAUUUUUGCGCUCGCGAUAGGAGCUCGUUGCGUAGACAUUUUGCGUCGACUCGUCUGCUCCAGCUGAAACUGGCAGAUAUGGCCGAGCAAGACUUGAAUGCUCUCCGGGUCCGGGAGGACAGGCUUAUGGGAGAUAUUCACUACACUUGCCAAUGGGGAACGGGUCAAAGAUGGGGCGAUCACCCUACAGAAACAGGCAUGAAGCGUCUUGCCUUGUCUGAUUCCGACAAGCAGGUGCGCGACUGGUUUGCAUCCACGGCCAAACAACUGGGCUGUACGGUCACUGUCGAUUCAAUGGGAAAUAUGUUUGCCGUGCGACCAGGCAAACGAGAUGGCCCUCCCACAUUUGCGGGCUCUCAUCUGGAUACGCAACCCUCGGGCGGGCGAUACGACGGUAUCCUAGGCGUCACCGCGGCGUUAGAAAUGCUGAAGACGCUUAAAGACAGCGGUAUCGAGACGGAGUUCCCGGUAGGGGUCGUGAAUUGGACGAACGAGGAGGGCGCAAGAUUUCCCGUGUCUAUGAUCUCGAGCGGUGUUUGGGCGGAGCAAAUCCCGCUUGAGCGAGCUCACAACCUCAAAGAAGUGGGUGGCGGCACCGCCACUAUGAAAUCCGAGCUCGAACGGAUAGGGUACAUGGGCUCAACACCGGCGUCCUACAGAUCCGUUCCGAUGGCUGCACAUUUCGAGCUGCACAUCGAGCAGGGCCCCAUCCUGGAGGCCGAGGAGCGCAAGAUCGGGAUCGUGAAAGGCGUGCAGGCGUACAAGUGGUUCACGGUGGAGGUGCGCGGCCGCGACACGCACACGGGGACCACGCCGUUCGAGAGACGGGCAGACGCCAUGCUAGCGGCCAGCAAGAUGAUUUUGUACAGCCACCGCGCCGCGACGAGGGCAGGCGCGAGAGCUAGCACGGGCAUCUUGGUGCUGGAGCCGGGAAGCACGAACACGGUCCCGGGCUACGUGCGGUUCAGCCUCGACGUGCGCGCUCUCGAGGAUGCGAAGGUCGACGCCGUCGAGGAAGACUGCAGAAGGGCGUUUGCGGCCAUCGCUGCUGGCGAAGACGUCGACGGCCUGAACAAGGAUGGUACGCCUGGUCUCGCGUGCAGCGUUGACAUCACCGUGGAUUCCGUCUCGCCCGCCAUCAAGUUCCACGAAGACUGCAUAUCCUGUGUGCGCGAAGCGAGUAAAGGGCUGUUUGGAGACCAGUUCGACAAUCUAACGAAGGAGAUGAUCUCGGGCGCGGGACACGACAGCGUGUAUACUAGCUACGUCUGUCCGACGAGCAUGAUAUUCAUCCCGUGUCGAGACGGGGUCAGCCACAAUCCGACCGAGUACAGCAAGCCGGAAGAUUGCGCUCUCGGUGCUCAGGUGCUCCUGCAGAGCGUCUUGCGUUACGAUAAGCUACGAGCCUCAAGGGUUUAGUAAUGUGAUGCAAUCAGAUACGAAUGGAUCUCUGUGUCUCACCACAACGUGACAGUAGGCUCCGCGAGAACACAAUGUAAGCCCAACACCAGACUCCCAUGCCGCUCAAUUUAAAAAGUAAGAGAAUGCCCAACGAAUGCUAAGUUGUGCAUGAAGCAUUUGCUCUUUGGAGAACGCUUCUAGAUAGUCUGCUUGACAUGGUCUGCCAAGAACUUCAAAGUCAAUCGCUCUCAUGCCCUUUGUCAAGAUUUGUUUGCAUUCCCAAGAUCACAAUGCCACGGGCCCCUCUUACCCCUCCUCACAUUUCAAGAUGCCCACGACAAAGCGUUGAGCCGUUGCUUAGAGAGAUUCUUGUCAGCGC